AUGCUCAAUUCCGGCUCUGAUGCCAAAAAGUUAAAACAGGAGCAAAUGGACAAGGAAAAUAAUGCCCGUGAGUCUCGGUCGAGCACUGGCCGUGGUAGCGAGGAUAUUGACCUGGACCUCGAUAUCGAUCUUGAUGACAACGUCGACGAUGACGAGGACGGUGGCAAGGAGAGCGGCAGUUCGUCCGAGGCCGAGGGUACCGUCUCUGAGCGUCCCUAUGAGUGUGUAUGGGAGGAUUGCACAAAGUCGUUCUCUCGUCGAUCUGAUCUGGCCAGACAUCGCAGGAUCCAUACCGGAGAAAGACCAUACCAGUGCGACUGGGCAGGAUGUGGCAAGCAGUUCAUUCAGCGUUCGGCAUUGACGGUCCACUACCGCACCCACACUGGCGAGAGACCUCACGUCUGCGAGUACGAGUCCUGCCAAAAGUCGUUCAGCGAUUCGUCGUCAUUGGCUCGCCAUAGAAGAACCCAUACCGGAAAGCGACCCUAUGUGUGUGAGCACCCCCACUGUGGCAAGACGUUCACUCGCCGCACCACCCUCACCCGCCACCAGAGAGGACACGAACCAGACAUCAGGACCUUCAUCUGUGACAACAGAGAGCAGCUUGCGGCUGCCGGGAUCCUGGAUUCGCUCAGCUACAACGUCAAGUCGCCCAUGUCUGGUCGCCCCCACCUUCAGCGAUCGCAAUCUCACAGCCUCAUGCACUCGGGACCACCCUCGCCCAGCCCCCACGGUCACCCCUAUAGCCCAGGCUUCAUGCAGGGAUCAGGGCACGAGAGGUUCGGUACUUCCCCCCAUGGCUCAAAGACCAUUGGCCCCAUGUCUUCCAAGUACUUUGGCACCAGCUCACCCAGCUCCUUCCAGCGGCCGUCUCCCCCUACCUUUGGAUCCUCUCCCUCUUACCCUGGUGAGAGCAGCAGCCUCCCCCGCCAUCUUCAGCACGGCCAUGGACCCAGCUACCCCAGCGAGAACCGCCAGCAUGGAUACCCUCAAGGAAACAACCCAUCUCUGCACCGCCAGCACUCUGAUCAGAACCUUCAUCACCACCAUGAGUUGUCUUCGUCGCUGCCUUCUCACUUCCACAUGCACCCCUCGCAGCAGCAGCGGUCGCCGGCUCCUCGCUGGGAACCUCAGGGACCCACUGGUCGCUAUGGCCACAGCAGCCACGCGAGCAGUGUGAGCCCCAAGACUGAGCCUAUGGACGCGACCAUGUCGUCGUCGAUGCCCUCGUCGUUCCCCUCCCUUGGAUCCAGCCACCCCUCUCCUCGUGGUGCCCAACCAGCCCUGUCCUACACCCACCACAGUGCCAGCAGCAGCAACAGCACCCCUCCUCCUCCUCCUCACUCGCCCAUGCAGCACCCUCACCACCAUCGCCAUCAACAUUCGCAGGACUUUGGUCGUUCGCCUUUGUCGACUUCCUCCCCAAGUCAUCACAAUGGAUACGAGCAGCAUGGUAGCAGCGGUCAUGGACCUUCUUCGCACUCUGGACAUGGCGGACACAGCGGACACCACCACUCGACGUCGUCCCCUCUCCACUCUCACUCGCAGUCCUUCCCCAACUACUCGCCCAUGCACCAGCAUGCGUCCUCCCCAUCAGCGCAUGCUCACUCGCCUCACUCGGGUCACCACCACCACUACUCGUCUUCGCCCUCGUCAUCGUAUUUCCCCUCGCACCCUACUGCCUCGCCCUCGCAAGGCUCAUCACGCUCUUCCUAUUACAACCAACACUCUUCGCCCUCGCAUCGUCAGUCGUCUCCUCCUCCACAUGGCUCCCCUUCGACGACCAUCGAAGACCGUCGCUUCCACUCUGCACCCAUCCCUGUCCGCCACCGCGCUUAG